CUGCACUCCGCUCUCUGACUCCCUGCCUUUCUGUCGGCCUCUGGAAUACUGUGUGUGUGUGUCUGUGAACGUGUGUGAGAGUGCGUUGCAUUGUGUGUGUGUGUGUGUGUGUGUGUGUGUGUGUGAGGAGAGUCAGAUUAUCAAGAGGAAGUGAAGAUGGAGAUGGGCUUUACACAGCCUCUGCGGCCUCAGGUGAGCCCGGGGCUCCACACUGAGUGCUGACAUGUUGGGUCAGGGCCAGCCGACCUCCAGCACCCUGCAGCUGGUGGCCAACGACAUGACGGGCAUCAUAGGAAAGCUGGACGACCGAGAGCUCGACCUUGAGGAUGGAGAGUACGACACCACGGACGCUCAUGCCUCAUCCGAGCGUCUCCCUUUCACGGCGAUCUACCACAUGGUUGGCUUCAAAGAGUUGGACACAACCGUCUUUCUGACGUCUCCGAUCACCGCUAAGAUCCUGGAUGUGGAGCGCUUCACCUCGGCACAGGACCGCUUCAACAUUACCACGCAGAGGAGCGUCAACAAGUCGAUGCCGGCGGUGUAUAAGAUCGAGAUGAAGCACGGGGAGUUCAGCUGGCUGGUGAAGAAGAAGGAGAAACACUUCAUCGAUCUGCACAGAGAGCUGAGAACGUACAAAACCUUCAUGAGGCUGCCGCUGCCCACACGCAGUCACACGAUAAGGAGGCAGGCAGGCACGAGGAGCGAUGGGGGGCAGAUGCCAGACCUUCCCCGGGGACAUGGAGAGGAGCUGGGGAGGGAGGACCAGCUCUCCAGUCGCAGGAAAUUACUGGAAGAUUACUUGAAUAAUCUACUGAAAAAGCCGAUGUACAGGAACUACCACGCAACGAUGGAGUUCAUUGAAGUCAGCCAGAUGUCCUUCAUCCACGAUCUGGGACCAAAAGGCUUAGAAGGAAUGGUGCUGAAGAGAUCUGGCGGACAUCGGAUCCCCGGGCUUAACUGCUGCGGGCGCAGCCAGAUGUGCUACCGCUGGUCCAAACGCUGGCUGGUGGUGAAGGACUCGUUCCUGCUCUACAUGAAGCCGGACUCGGGGACCGUCUCCUUCGUCAUGCUGUUCGAUAAAGAGUUCAGCAUCAAGAUGGACUCAAAAGACACGGAGACCAAACACGGAAUCCGCAUCGACAGUCUCUCCAGAUCUUUAGUGUUGAAGUGCAGCAGCUACAGACACGCCCGCUGGUGGGGUCAGGCCAUUGAGGGCUUCGUGAAGAAACACGGUGCCGCCUUCCUCACCGACCACCGCUUCGGAUCCUUCGCCAGAGAGGAAGUCAACAUCCCUGCCAAAUGGUAUGUGAACGGAAAAUCAUACAUGGAGGACGUUGCAGAUGCUCUUGAAGAAGCCAAAGAGGAAAUAUUCAUCACAGACUGGUGGUUGAGUCCAGAGAUCUUCCUGAAGAGGCCGGUUGUGGAGGGAAACCGCUGGCGUCUGGACUGCAUCCUGAAACGCAAAGCGCAACAAGGAGUGCGUGUCUUUGUGAUGCUCUACAAAGAAGUGGAGUUAGCUCUGGGAAUAAACUCCGGAUACAGCAAGCGGACGCUGCUGCACCUCCACCCCAACAUCAAGGUGAUGCGCCACCCAGACCACGUCUCCUCGGCCGUCUACCUUUGGGCGCAUCACGAGAAGAUCAUUGUGGUCGACCAAUCAGUGGCCUUCGUGGGCGGGAUCGACCUGGCAUAUGGUCGCUGGGACGACAGGGAACACAGGCUGACCGACGUUGGGAGUGUGACACGCUCACAUCUGGAGCAGGCUGAAGGUGCCUCUCCAAACAUGGCUGCUCCAGUUAACGGCAACGGCAGUGGGGUUCCCCAAAGUAACGGGAAAAACAUUUUAACAGUGGCAGACUCUGCGGACCAGCCCCGGCUGAAAGGGCAGGGCAGACUGAAGAGGACCAGGUUCAGCAUCCGGAGACAUCUGCAGAAACACGGGCUGGCAACCGCAGACAGCGACAGCGACCUGGAGGACGAAGAGAGAAGCGGCUCACAGCGCAGUCUGCACACGGGCGUCGGGGAGUUAUUCGGAAACACGCGCUUCUGGCACGGAAAAGAUUACUGCAACUUUGUGUUCAGAGACUGGAUUCAGCUGGAAAAACCUUUCGAUGACUUCAUAGACAGACACACAACUCCCAGAAUGCCUUGGCACGACAUCUCCUCAGUGGUUCACGGGAAAGCAGCUCGAGACGUGGCCCGACACUUCAUCCAGCGCUGGAACUUCACCAAGCUUGUGAAGCCAAAGUACAGCUCCCCGUCGUUCCCGUAUCUGCUGCCCAAAUCUCACACCACCGCCGAAGAGCAGGGGUACCAAGUACCCAACAGCAUCCCCUCUAAAGUGCAGAUCCUUCGCUCAGCCUCCGAUUGGUCGGCUGGCAUCAAAAAUCACGAGGAGUCCAUCCACAACGCGUACGUGGAGGUCAUCCUGAACAGCCAGCACUUCAUCUACAUAGAGAAUCAGUUUUUCAUCAGCUGUGCAGACAACAGAUACGUGUUCAACAAGAUAGGAGACGCUAUUGCACAGCGCAUCAUCCAAGCAUUUAGGGAGGGUAAAAAGUACAGAGUGUACCUGGUGACGCCUCUGCUGCCGGGCUUCGAGGGAGACAUCAGCACCGGAGGAGGCUGCGCCCUCCAGGCCAUCAUGCACUUCAACUACAGGACGAUGAACAGAGGAGAGCACUCCAUCAUCUCACAGCUACAGAAAGAGAUGGGAGACCACUGGAGGAACUACAUCUCCUUAGCUGGUCUGAGGACUCACGCUGAGCUUGAGGGGAAGCUGGUCACCGAGCUCAUCUACGUCCACAGCAAGAUGCUCAUCGCAGACGACAACACUGUCAUCAUCGGUUCUGCAAACAUCAAUGACAGGAGCAUGCUGGGAAAGAGGGACAGCGAGGUGGCGGUGAUCGUGGAGGACUCUGAGAUGGUGCCAUCUGUGAUGGACGGCCAAGUGUACCAGGCAGGAAAAUACGCCCUGCAGCUGCGCCUGGAGUGCUUCAAGAUGAUUUUGGGCGCUAACACGGACCCCUCCAUCGACGUGUCGGACCCCAUCAGCGAGACAUUCUUUAAAGACGUCUGGACAGCCACCUGUGCUCGCAACGCCACCAUUUACCAGAAGGUUUUCCGCAGCCUGCCGUCCUCGGAUGUGCGGAACAUCCUGGAGCUGGAGAGCUACCUGGCCGUGCCCGGUCUGUGCACGGAGGACCCGGCGCGGGCUCAGGAGAAGCUGAAGAAGAUCCGCGGCUUCCUGGUCCAGUUUCCUCUCGACUUCCUUUGCCAGCAGAACCUGCUUCCUCCCAUCGGAACCAAGGAGGCCAUGAUGCCCAUGGAGGUGUGGACCUGAGGAGCAAAUAACCCCAGCCAGUACAGUCAUGUGUUCAGGCACAACCCAAGUAAGGACUCAGGUCGAUCAUACCACAUUCUGGGGACAUUUUGGAGGUCAAAGUGGCAGAAAACAGCUUUUUAUUUUAUUACAUUUUUAACAAAACUGUGCAAAAGAAUAUAACAGCAGAAACAGCAAUUUCAUUUGUAUAUUUCUUAAAUUAAUUGAAAGAUUAACUUUGGCCUGUUAGCCCCAAGUUGGUGUUUCUUUACCUGUUGGAACUACUUUUUUGGGAUGUGGCCACAAACUAAGAUUGUAUUCCAAGGCGACCAAUAAUACAAAUAAACCAAGCUGUAAGUUUUCCUUUUAAAAACAGCAAAACAUGUUCUCUUUAUUUAGGAAAAUAAUAAAUGUAUACGUUUUAGUUUUUCUGCCAGCAAUGAUUUCCAAAAUGGCGUCAGCUGUGGUUGUGAGCAGAGCCUCAGUACCAGCAGUGCCACUGAAUGCACAUGAAUUACAUUACACCUAAAAAACAAAUGCAGAGAUUUUCAGAACUGAUGUGCAUACAUAUUACAUUAUUGUCUUUAAACACACGUACAUGCAAACACAGCGAGAAGUGGACCAGAAGACUCUGCAGUCCCUGGACUUAAGUUUACAGAAUAUAGAAGAAGAAGAAGAAGAGGAAGAAGAAGAAGAAAGGUAAAGAUGGAUCGCCCCUCCUUAGAGAAUCACUUUAUCUUUUCUUUUAAACGUUUGGUUCCUUUUUCUCCAAUAACACUAUGCAACGUAAAGGACCGGCAAAAGACAUUAAAAUAACUUAAGUGAAGAAGCCGGAAGUCGCCAUCUUGUCUCAUAUUUCUGAAGACAUGCUUUUAAUAUUUCUGUCCAAAGUGCCAAAGAUGACAGACUGUUGCCGAAACAGAACAUCCUUUAUUUUACAUUCCUCAUACUAGUUAAGCCUUAAGUGACUUGUUGUUAUGCUGUUGUAAUUUGUCUGUAAUUUCCUGAUAGGUUUACUGGAAAGAACUACCAAAAUAAGGUAUAACUGUAAAUGGGAAGUGUUUUUUCUUAUUCAUAGUUACAAAUUACACUUUUACUUAUCUAAAAGCAAAGGUGCUUGCAAUUAGGUAUACUUUCCAAGAAACUGCUAGGAAAUUGCAGAGUUGUAUAAAGUGCUAUGGUUCAUUUUUAAAACAACACAACCCACAUAUUCAUGCAUGAUCAGUUUACUACGAUGCUGCGUUUCAUGUGAUGUCAGAACGUGGGAAUACAUGGUUAACCACCAACUUGUUAUAAACAGGAAACAUUUGUUGGUUAGGUUCAGUUUUAGCGCUCUAAAUGCUCAUUUUAUCCACAGCUUUGGCACCUCUUGUUUUGCUGACCCCUUGUUGCCAAAAAAUAUCUGCUUUUUCAGGUUUUUGUGGUAAUGUAAGUGAAUUUUAACUUGGUCAGUCAUUUUAAAAGAUAGGAAAUAACAGAUUUCGCAGUGAUAAAUCUACGUUGAGACUAUUUAUCAGAUUUUUUAGUUGUGCGCUGGAUUUCUAGAUCUCUGACAUUUCUUAAAUGCAGCACGAAUGUUUCUCUCCGUCUUCCUCGUGAUCUGCAUGAUGCUGUUUUUUGUAUAAAUUUGACCAAAAAAAACUGGAUGAUACUUGUAGCUGACAGCAUGACAGCAGCUCGUUGCCAUUCAACAUUACAGACGCAUGAACCCUGCAAUGGUCGCCUUUCAAGCCAUGGACAUUAUUGAUGCUAACAGUGUGCCUGACUACAAGCUGUGUGUCCUCUCUACUGUUAAUAUUUAUGGAAAAUGGGACGUUAAAUGCGCUUUUUAAUCUUCUUCUCUACCUCCCUGUGUUUCUACCUCCCGCUCCAGUGCAUGGUUUGAAUCGUUGUGUUGAAAAUUCAGGAACAUUUUCAGCUACCCUAGAAUCCAGCCAAGUAAAAGUGUCUUAAAACGGCAUCGACGUGUUGACAGUUUGUGAUUAUGUGCAAUAACAACCAUCUAAAACAAAAAGUAAAAAGGAACCAAACACCAAAUUCACAAAUGUGGGCUGAAUAUGUUUUUGAUUAUUUAUUAGUGAUCAGGAGCACAGGCCUUCAGGGCACCUGGUGUAAAUGAGGUUGAGAAACGCUCUACUGUUUCGUCUCUGUCUUGCUUUUAAUCACUGUGUCUCUAUGAAAAUGCACUAUUUGCACAGACUCUUGUUUUCUUGUUGCGACCCCCUGAAUGAUCUGCAGUAUCAUGUCAAGUGUUGCUCUUUGUGAAAUGAUGGAAUAAACAAAUGAUGUAAUAAGUCAAA